AUGAACAGGCCUCGCAACCGCCAGCCUCGACCUUCGGGACAAGGCGAGUCUCGGGGAAGAGGCAGAGGAAGAGGAACGGGAAGAGGAAGAGGGGCAUCAUCCAACUUGGGACAUCGAGCGCCUGGAACACCCCAACAAGCUGCCGGCACCGUCCCAACCUUCAAGCAAGUUGUGGCCGGUGCUGCUGUUUUCAUCGUGCUAAAACAAGAUCAACCGACAGGCCGAGAAACUCAGGGCGUCGUGCAAGACGUCCUCACAUCAGGAGAUCAUCCUCGCGGGAUCAAAGUCAGGCUGCGCAAUGGUCAAGUCGGUAGAGUGCAGAGACUUGAUGACGGAGCCUCCGAGCCAUCAGCCCGGACAGCAAUGGCUUCCAAUGCGUCGAGCUCACGUUUCAGUAGCCGAUACACAGAUAUAAGAAACGACGAAGACUUUGACUAUCUCGAGGGACCGCCUCCGAGGAGCUUGGCAGACUAUCUGCCGGCUUUGGAUGAGCCUGCAGCCAAUGCAUCUUUAAGCGACGAUGGAGGCGCUCGCAUUGUCGAGGACAUAGUUGUCUGUCCAAUUUGCGAGGCGUUUGAGGGAGACGAGGCUGCUGUUACGCAUCAUCUCGAUCGAGAGCACCUGAGUUGA